AUGCCUCCACUCAGGAACCCCCCAGCCAAGCCCAUGCGCACAGAGCGUACGCACGAAGAAAACCAGGAGCGAGCAUACAUUGCCGCAUCGCGACGAAGCGACCGCAGCCUCGAGGCACGCGUCGAAUCCGCACGACGAGCCUCCGAGAUCCACAAGAAACGAACCGGUCGGUCGCUCCGCGUACGAGAGGAAGAUGUCAUGAACGAAGAGAUGUACGAAGAGGAAGACGACGACCUACCUAUGCAAUACCGACGAAUAUCAGCUCUCAACCCCAACUUCCUCAAUGGCAGACUCAGCACCUACCUGCAGGGUCAGGCCGGCGUGAGGGAGUAUCUUCACAACGCCAUCUACGCUGCGAACCAAAACGCCCAAUUCCAACAGAAUCAGUUCUUCAACCCCGUGAUGGACCCAACUAGCAUGCAGUCUGGCAUGAUGCGACCGCAAGCGUUCUCGAACGGUAUCCAAGGCAUGCCACAGUCGCCUUACCCCAUGCAAAACCCCAUGCAGGGCAUGCGACCGAACAACAACGCACACCACCGCGCGGCAUCGAUCGCCACUCCACAAGAGCUGCUCGCGUACCAACACCAGACAACUAACGCGAACAUGAAGCCCAACACGCCGAUGCACUUGGACACCCGACGCAUGUCAGUACCCGCUCCUGCCAUAUCGCCUGGCGUGCCUUCCCCAGUGGCAUCACACCCACGCAGCAACUCCUCAAGUCACCCACCUACCCCUCACCCAGUUGGUCAAUCGCCGUUGCAAGUGCCUACUCCGCGCUCCGCAUCUGGCCAUGAGCACAUGCCGCAGUAUCGCGCCAGUGCCGGUGUGCCUCCCGUCUCAGGUUACGACGCCAACGUCGAGGCCCAAAUCUUCCCACUGACGACGAAGCUGCCACUUGCGACGCAGCAAUUGAUGGGCAGCAACGCGACACACCCGUCACAGCUGUCACCCGGGAUACCGACGCCGUCCGUCAGAUCAUACAGCUACAACCCAAAUGGCAAGCCCAAAUCCGCCAGCGGCGAGAAGACGUCCUACUUCGGUGGCUUGGACCAGACUCUAACACCUGCCGACAUGUACUCUAGCCAGUCUUUCAGCAAGAUCGAGCCGCAGUCUGCCGUCUCUGCUCCAGCGGGCAUGGACGUCUCGUUUGAUUCGUUGAUGAUGGGCGAUAUGGGCGACGACACGAACAACUUUGGCGAUCUAGGAUUCGACUUGAACUCCCACGAUUUCGGCAACAGCGGCCAGAUCACCCCUGGCAGCAAUGGCGACGGGGAUUGGGGAGCCGACAUGUUCAACUACGACGAUGCCGCUCAGGAGCUGUCAUGA